AUGGCGCAUCAGCCUACAGUUCUGAAGAUCCUGGCCUUCGGUUCCCCGCGCUCGGAACUCUCGAUCCUCCAGUCCAAGAUCACGAGCAUCAAUGCGAAGCAUGGCCCUUUCGAUGCGUGUGUCAUUGUGGGAGAUUUGUUCAAGGAGGGGAGCGACGGAAGCGAGUUAGAAGGGAUCAGUCUGCCUAUCCCUACUUACUUUACCAUUGGGCAGAAUGGUCUCCCGGAGAAGGUGAAGGAGCAGCUCCAGACCGGGGCAGGGGAAGUAGCUGCGAAUCUCGUAUUUCUUGGGUCGAGCUCUGUCUUUACUACCGCUCAGGGGUUAAAGAUCGGCUGUAUAGGCGGCAAGUACGAUGUCGACCACUAUGUCACUGCCGAAGCGGUACGUGCCUCUCGCUCUUCAAGUGACCCACUCUCUCCCUACCUGACCAAGACCUCUGCUUCCCAGCUCCUCUCACACCCUCUCCUCUCGCCUCAAGGCCGAAACCCUACAUCACUCGCUGAUGCGCGUACCACACCUUUGCCGUCCGCUUUCCAGGGGCUGGACUUGCUCCUUCUUCCUUCCGCUCCGCCAGGCAUCUCCCUCCUGUCCCCCUCUUUCACUGCUUCUGGCGUGAGUAUCGGACAAUCUGCUCUCGAGCUCGCGGAGAUCGUUCGGAAGGCAAGGCCGAGGUAUACGUUCUGGGCGCAUGGAGAGGGGUUCUGGGAGCGGGAGCCGUUUGGCUGGGCAGCUCCAGCAGGAGGGGAAGAGAGGUGGACUAGGGCUGUGAAGCUGGGCCAGCUCGGAGGAGAAGGUACGGGAAAGAAAGCAAGGGCUUUCUACGCAUUCACACUUCCCGCUCAGAUGCCGACGACCACCUUGCCCACCCCCCCAGCCAACUCGACGCCUAACCCCUUUACUCUGCCCGCUAAGCCAGCAGCUGCCGAGGAGCCCGAGUCCAACAUCUCAAAAGGCAAGAAACGGGCGGCGCUGGACGAUCAGGAAGGUGCAUUUGGUGACGAGAGGUCCAAGAGCCAGCGGACUGACCGUGGACCGCCUCCUGACAAUUAUGUCUGUACGAUCUGCAACAUCCCGGGCCACUGGCUUCCUGAUUGUCCGCAGAAAGCUGCAGGUCAGGGACCUCACCCUCCAGAGGGAUACAAGUGCAAGAUAUGCCAAAGUCCUGACCAUUACAUCCGCGAGUGUCCGAACAAGGAGACAGCCGAUAGAGCUCGGAACGGUCCGCGCCCGCCACCUAAGGGCUAUACCUGCCGCGCAUGCGGUGUCGUCGAGCAGCACUUUCUCAAGGACUGUCCGGUUGUCAAGGAGCGGAAUGAAAUGCGAAACAAGAAGAAGGAGUUGGGUCCUGCGGAAUGCUGGUUCUGCCUGUCCAACCCGAAAGUCACCAAGCACCUGGUCGUUGCUAUCGGAUCCGAGACCUAUGUGACGUUGCCGAAGGGACAGCUCAUUCCGACUAUCCCCAAGCAUGUCGCGCAGGGCGGGUCAAAGCCGCUGGUUCCGGGCGGUGGACAUGUUCUGAUCAUCCCCAUCGCUCAUCACCCCACUCUCCUCUCGAUCCCCGCCGAAGACGCUCUCCCCAUCAUCUCCGAGGUCGAAUCGACCAAGUCUGCCCUUACUCGCUGCUACGAAAAGUACAACGCCGUUCCCGUCAUGUGGGAAGUUGGGCGGCUGAGCGGGCGAGGCGGUCACGCCCAUGUCCAAGUCGUGCCCAUCCCGAAGGAGCUGGCGGAGAAGGUAGAAGACGCGUUCAGAAAGGCUGGGGAGAGUCAGGGGUUGGACUGGGAGGACGAGCCGGAGAAGGCUUUGGCUCGGGCGGGCAAGGCUGGGAAUUACUUCAAGGUGGAGUUGCCGGGUGGAGGGAAGAUGGUGCACCUUCUCAAAGGCAACUUUGAUCUGCAGUUCGGACGAAUGGUCCUCGCCGGGCUGCUCGGACUCCACCACCGGGUCGACUGGAAGGACUGUUACCAGACCGAGGAGGAGGAGAAGGACGACGCUGUCAAGUUCAAGAAGGCCUUCGCCGCCUUCCAGAGCUGA